GUCUCUAUCAUUCGUUUAUCCCUUGAGUUCAGAUUCUUUAGCGCUAUCUUUUAGAUUCCGUCAGUGCUAAGAAAAAAAAAACUGUCAAUCCCUCCAUACUUUUAUUACCAACAUGGGAAAACAUAUAUGUACGGAAAUUAUACUAUUGUCGAUGUUCUUGAUUUUAGGAACAGCAUCAGCGCUAACUGACCAACAGAUUGAUGGAUUUUCUAAGUUUUUGGAUGAAUUGGUGAUAUGUAAGAAGAUUCCUGGAGGAACAGUUACUAUCGUUGAGAAUGGAAGUACCGUUUUUACGAAAGGUUUUGGUUAUUAUGACGUAGAGAAAACUAAACCAAUUAAAAACGAAACCAAAUUCUGUUUAGGGUCCCUUACCAAAGCGUUUACUAGUGCUGUUAUAGCCACAUUGCUCAGUGACCACAAAAGCUACACAUGGGAUACACCUAUCGCCCAGAUACUGGGACCAUCGUUUCGACUUGCCAAUGAUCUCUUGAGUAAGAACGUCAACUUUCGGGAUCUUCUGGCCCACAAGGUCGGCGUGCCCUCCAACUUUGGUGCUCUCCUGGUAGGCUUCCCGGAAAACUUGACAAGACAGCAAUUUAUUGAAAUGUUACCCUACCAGGAACCUAGCGAGCCCUUCAGGACUAAGUUCCUGUACAGUAACUACAUGUAUACUCUAGCCGCCUAUGUAGCAGAGAAGAUCAGUGGGAAAUCCUGGGAGGAGUUGGUCAGAGAAAUCUUGUUUCAACCUCUGGAAAUGGACGACAGCGGUUUUGUGACUGAGGUGAAGAACUUCAAUGGAUUCUCUCCUGCCUUUGUAUAUGUUGACGAAAAGCUAGAUUAUGUCGACAAAAAUUUGUUGUAUUCGGUAUCACCCAGUGGACCAGCAGGAUCCGUAUAUUCCACGGCAGAAGAUAUGUCAAAGUGGAUGAAUUUCCACCUUGGAAACGGUUCCACUUCUAAUGGAAGUGAACUCCUAACAGAUGCCUACUUCUCAGAGCUUCAUAAGGAACAAAUAAACUCGCCUUUUUCGGAGAACAACUUGUAUAAACCCAUCCAUCCAAUUUCAGACAUGACAAUAUCAUAUUGCCUUGGCUGGAUAUCAUCAGUAUAUAGGGGUUACCGAAAGCUAUGGCACUCGGGAGGCAUCGCUGGUUUUUCUUCCAUGUUAUGGUUGUUCCCUGAUCUGAAAUCUGGUGUUUUUGUUGCAUUGACGGGAGCUAAGGACAACCAACAUGCUCAGCCCAUUUAUGCCAUCGUUAGCCAAGCAGCCGAUCUGCUAUUAGGCGAAGAACCCUGGCUGAACCAAUCAACCGCGUGUUCUUUUCCCGCGCCUUGGAAAGAGGUCAAGCCGAUUCCACGUGGUACCAAUAAGAAACCAUAUCCUGAGCGCUAUUGGAACGUUACCGUGUCCCCUGAUGUAUAUGCCGGUUUGUACGGCCAUCUAGCAUUUGGAAACAUCACAAUUAAAGCAAAUAAAGAUGGAUUAUCGUUAACCUACGGACGAUUUGGUGAAAUGGUGUUGCUACCUGUCAAUAAAAACAUAUUUCUUGGAUAUUUCCUAAACAGCCUUUCAUUUGUGACUAACUCUGAUGGAAACACAAGACCAUUUAUGAUUGAAUUCAAAUUCAAUACUGAAGAAAUAGUUGAAAUUCUAGAAUAUCCAGUGGAUCUAAUGAGACCACAGAAAACCUCUUUCAUAAAGAUAGAUAAAUUAAGAAAUUUUAACCAAAGGGGUGUAUCUAAUUCACUGAAACCCGAAGCAGAAAUCAAAGGGUUCAGGACAGCUUUGUCAAUGGCUGCAGCAUGGUGCCUAUAUCAUUGACAUAAGGAAAGUUGCACAGCUCAUGUGCCAGUGAAAACAAAAACAACAACAAUAGCAAUUCCAAUAUGUCAUGUAAAUGUGAUUUAAUUGAAAAAAAAAAUUAUAAGGCAAUAAGUUUGAAUGUUAAAUAUGAAAUUCACAGUCAAUGGACAAUGCAAGAAAAUCAUUCUCUUAGUAUUUAGUAAUAUAAUUCACAUGAAGAUAAAGGAAAUAAAGAAGAUAAUA